AUGGCACCAUGUGAAGCUUUGUAUGGUGAUGCAUUUGAGGUUAGACCGUGGGGUACACAUUUGUUGAGGGAGUCCUUGGACAAGGUCAAGUUGAUCCAAGAUAGACUUUUCAUGUCUAAGAGUAGGCAAAAGAUUUAUGCAGAUCAGAAGGUUUGUAAUUUGGAGUUCAUGGUUGGAGAGCGGGUUCUAUUGAAGGUUUUGCCCAUGAAGGGUGUGAUGAUAUUUGGAAAGAAGGGAAAGUUGAGCCCAAGGUAUAUUGGUCCUUUCGAAAUUGUUAAGCGUAUUGGUGAGGUGGCGUAUGAGUUGGCUCUGCAACCUGGUUUGUCGGAUGUUCACCCUAUAUUUCAUAUCUUGAUGCUGAAGAAGUAUCAUCAGGGUGGUGCUCAUGUGAUUCAAUGGGAUUCAGUGUUACUUGAUCAGAAUUUGAUUUUUGAGGAGGAGCCGAUAACCAUUUUGGAUAGGCAAAUUAGAAAGUUGAGGUCGAAGGAGAUUGCUUCAGUAAAGGCUCAAUGGAAGCAUCGUCCGGUGGAGAAGGCUACAUGGGAGACCGAGUCAAACAUGAGGAGUAAAUAUCCUCAGAUUUUUUAG